GUGCUCAAUUGCCGCUCGUCAUUUGCAGCCACAACAACCAGUGUUCUUAUUGCUAAACGUGUCCGUUUGACGGAAUUCUGGCGCAUCCCGUUGCAGAGUGACUGGCAAUGAUACUUGGGCAGACGUGCUUCGAAUAAAGUGUUUCGUGUGGAUUGUCCAAUAUCCCGAUUCAACGCCAGAUUGUUCGAAAUACGAAUACGAUAUACGAGCCUUUACGCUCUGUCGAACACUACAGCACCCUCACACAGAUAUGCUUGGAUAGCUUCAUGCCGUAUUGCGCUCGGCUCUUUUCGGUUAUCAUCGUCUCUCAUGCCGCCCAAGAAUCAACGGCGGUCGCACACCAAAAGUAAGAAUGGGUGCUCCCAGUGUAAAGUGCGACGAAUCAAGUGCAAUGAAGUGCACCCAAUAUGUUCCAACUGCGAACGGCGGCAGAUAUCUUGCGACUUCUCGCAGUCGCCUGGUGUGAGCAGGUCGCCCAGUACCAACAUCAACGGCCAUGGCAGCGUUCCGAAGGCGGAGUGUAGUGACCGAGCAGGAUCAGCCGAUGGGGAGGCCAGGCGAAAAUCAUCACAGCAUGUGGUCGACCCAUUCCAACAACCUGACUUGGUCAGUAAUCAGAAGACCACCGAUCUCGACAUCACGAAUCUCCGACUCAUGCAUCAUUUUACCUCCUGGGUGGCACCCAAUCUUGCCAGUUCUCAUACCCCCGAAGCUCUAGCAUUAUGGCAGGUAUAUGCAGUCAAGCUAGGCUUCAAACACAACUUUCUUCUUCGCGGAAUUCUAGCCGUCGCUGCUUUUCAUCUGGGCUAUAUCCACCCAGAAAAGAAAGCAGAGUACGAUUUAAUCGGGACCACGCAUCAAGCCAUUGGCCUGAAGGACUUUCAAGAUACUCUCGCUCACGUGGACGAAACCAACUGUCACGCUCUUUUCGCCUUUUCCUGCCUCCUCAUCGUGCUUGCAUUCGCAUCCGACGCAAAAGACAAGCCGAAAGACUUCAACACUAAUGUCGUGCACUGGUUCUACCUUCUGAGGGGUGCCAAUAUCGUUCUGGACAUGCAUUCCGAAACAAUUCGAUGCAGCUUUUUGAAGCCACUGCUGGACGAGCUGUCUUACAAUGAGACCACAGCCGCUUAUACGGUGGUAGACACCGACCAGAUCACGAAGCUAUUUCGGAUCUGCAGCUUGCCAGAGCAUGAUAAGGAGACAGCUCAUGCUCUCGAUCUCGCGAUCCAUUCGUUGCUCAGCACAUUUAUCCAGGCUUCUGUGUUGAAAGGCCGAGGCGAUUCUUCGCUGUUGACGGCGUUCGUUUGGCCCAUCAAUCUGCCGCCGAAGUUUCUGGACCUACUUGGCGAGAAACAACCCGCGGCCAUGGUCAUAUUGGCACACUAUUGCGUGAUCAUGUCUUGGGGAGAAGCCGAAGAUCCAAACGACACCUGGUUCAUCAAUGGAUGGGCCAGAUACAUUCUGAAGUCGGUUCAGGAAUCAAUACCAGAAUCCUGGCAAGAGCACCUUCAAUGGCCGGCAUCUAAUUUUGAGUAAAUUGAGGCAGCUAGGGUAGGACAGCGUCAUUGCGUGGAGUUGGGCAAUAAGUUACUGGAGGUCUGCGUAACGACUGAUGUGUGAAGACUAUGGGAAUAAGGGGCCUUGGGCUCUCUCGCUUGGCUGGAUAUGCUUAAACGGGAUGUAUUCUAUGUUUAAUGGAUAUCAAUGUUGAACCAGAUAAUACUGGCCGCGUAGGUUGCUGUCUUGAAACAUCUCGUUAAG